CUAAGGAGCUGUCAUGAGGUGUCAAAACCGAGAUUGAAAUUCGGAGCUGCCAAGAACUCGUGACCCUCGGAGGCGGAGAUUUGAUAUUCCGCUGGAUUACAUAAUUUAGCGAGAUCUCGACAUGGAAUGAGAAGUAUCCUUUUGCUGCUCACUAGGACAUUGGCAUUUAAAUCUCACGAAAUCUUUAUACAGUUAUUAGUGCUACUGCUAGGAAAAUAACCAGAUCCAGGUGCAUUGUCCUAGUCUGUGCGGUUGUUGCCCCCGGGAAAAUUCAUCAAAAUCUUGGGAACAGAAUGGAUUUUCGAACUGAUCUUCGAUGAAAACAAGAAUCCCCCAUCAUCAUCACAUCACCAUGUGAUAUCGAUUAGGACGCAAUUGAGAUUUCAUCUACGGCGUUCGCGUCGGGUAGAACGAAGACUACAAGCGCUACAAGCCAAUAAUUCAUCGCAGCGUGUUUCAAGACAGCUCACCAUCAUUCAGUCAUCACCAUGACUUCCCCCAAGAUGUUUUCGCCAGCUGCCUUCUUCAACACCCUUCUCACUCUUGUUGCUAUUGAACAAGACUCCGAAGUCGCGGAGACAAGUCUACUUCUCUCUUCCACGCCACCAAGCACGCUCGCCCGGGCCGGUCUUGCCAUCCUCAGUUUGUCGAUCCAGUCACUGAAAACAGGUCUUGGAGGGCGUUCAGUUGUCGAACUUGGCCUGGACUCUGCGGUUGUGAGCAAGGAUUCGAAAGGCGAAUUACCGGAGCAUGGUAUCCGGACUGGCGACAUUGUCCGCAUCGGAGAAAUGCCAAAAGGCACUGCGAAGAAGAAAGAGGUCAAUGAGUUGAAAGGCAAAGGAGUCGAGGGAGUCGUGAUUAGAGUGGGCCAAAGAGCAGUAUGGGUGGCACUAGGAAAGGAAGGGUCUGGCGGUGAUGUUGUUGAGGACGUGCCUGAUGGGAAGCUAUGGUUGGUCAAACUUGCAAACGACGUGACGUACAAGAGAAUGAACCAAGCUUUAAUCAAGUUACUCAAAGCACCCGAGUCAUCCUACACCAGUCUCCAACGUGUGCUUCUGGGCCUUUCAUCACCAGGAACUUCGGACCUCGAGAAGGUCAAGGAUGUGGUCUUCUUCGAUCCUACCUUGAAUCCUUCUCAGCAAGAAGCUAUUCGCUUCGCUCUCUCGUCCCCCGAAAUCGCUCUCAUCCACGGCCCGCCUGGUACGGGGAAGACUCACACAGUGAUUGAGCUGAUUCUACAGCUUCUGAAACAAGGCCAACGAGUGCUAGUCUGCGGUCCAAGCAACAUCAGCGUAGACAACAUUGUGGAGCGACUCGCUCUCACAUCGCCGAGCACGUCGAUUGUCCGUCUGGGACAUCCAGCCCGCCUCUUAACAAGCGUCCUGAAUCAUUCCCUCGAAGUCCUGACCCGAACAAGCGAAGCCGGAGGCAUUGUCAAUGAUGUGCGGAAAGAAAUGGAUGAAAAACAAGCUUCAAUUCGUAAGACACGGAAUGGCCGCGAGCGCCGCGCGAUAUACGCCGACCUGAAAGAUCUGAGAAAAGAGUACCGUGAGCGAGAAGGUAGAUGCAUCGAUGGCCUGGUCCGUGACAGCAAAGUCGUCUUGUCAACACUGCAUGGCGCAGGGGGCCACCAACUCCGCAACCAGGAGUUUGAUGCUGUGGUGAUCGAUGAGGCCAGCCAGGCAUUGGAGCCGCAAUGCUGGAUCCCACUCGUCUUUGGUGGUGGCGAUAUCAAGAAACUCGUAUUGGCAGGCGAUCAUCUGCAGUUACCCCCGACUAUCAAGAGUGCAGACAAUAAGGACAACAAGGACGAAAAGAAGACGAAGAUGAAGGGCUUAGAAGAAGAGCUGCAGAAGUUGUCCGUCAAAGAUGACGAGAUCAAAGCAGCUAAAGGGUGGUCUUUGGAAAAGACAAUGUUUGAUCGGCUUCUAGCAAUGCAUGGCCCGGGUAUCAAGAGACUCCUCAAUACACAAUAUCGAAUGCAUGAGAAAAUCAUGCGCUUUCCAAGUAACGAGCUCUACGACUCUGAACUUGUAGCGGCGGUCGCUGUGAAAGCUCGACUCUUGAAAGACUUGCCAUACGAGGUGAAGGAGACGGAAGACACGGUGGAACCCCUUGUGUUCUUUGACACCCAAGGAGGCGACUUCCCCGAAAAGACUGAGGAGGACCCUGGAGGACAGGUCAAGGCUUCGGUCUUGCUUGGCGACAGCAAGAGUAACGACAUGGAGGCAGCCGUCGUUGGGAUGCACGUACGGAAUCUCAUCGACGCGGGCGUCAGGGACGAUGACAUUGCAGUUAUCACACCAUACAAUGCACAGGUCGCUCUUCUCAGCUCGAUGUUGAAGGAGAAAUAUCCGAAUAUCGAGCUCGGCAGCGUGGAUGGAUUCCAAGGUCGGGAGAAAGAGGCUGUUAUCGUCAGUCUCGUCAGGAGUAAUGCUGAAAAGCAAGUGGGCUUCCUUGGUGAAAAGAGGAGAUUGAAUGUCGCGAUGACUCGACCCAAACGGCAUUUGUGUGUGAUUGGCGAUUCAGAAACAGUCUCCAGAGGGAGCCAGUUUCUCAAAAGAUGGAUGAAGUUUCUCGAGGACAACGCCGACUUGCGUUAUCCUAGUCUCGAAGACCUGAAGCUCGGUUGAAAUCCGCCGCUGGCGACUCCUGCGACAAGCAUCGAGCCAAUGCAGUCCCUUUGACGCCUACUAAGAACAUCAGCGAAUGGCGAUAGAGACUCUCAAAUUGACGAGGAGCACGACUAUAGGCCGAAGCUUGAACCAUAUGAAACCCUCAAAUCGUAGGGCUGAGGAACGUUUCGAAACCAGAUGGCGCAAUCUGACGUGGACGUUUCCCAGCAAAUGAAGUGAGCAUACCAUCGUUAUUGGUUGAUGGGUGCCCAAAGUAAGGCUGUACUCUACACGGGCUGUACCACUCUUUACAUGAUCUGAUCAUGCAACGAGCCGCAAAUUCGGCGGACAGCGAUCUGCCACCUGAGAUCUCAUUGUUGGACUCUGAAGGCGACAACAACUUUCUUCGUGUCCAGAGGAGACCCUUCAGUACUUGAUCUCAUCCCUGUCGGACCUCAUUUUCUGGCGACGAGAUAACGCGUCCUUCGGAUGCAACCUAAAUUCCAUAGUCCGAAACUUAUCUUGGUGCUGAGAUGCGAAGAAGCAAUCAAUGAUGAGCAAGCCAACACUCCUUCGUGAUUUUCGAUCAUGGCCAGAUGACAGGAGUUCGGCCUGACCGACCGGGAUGAGCAGCUGAAAAGCGCAAUUCCGCCGAUCAUGGAAGCAUGCUGAGA